UUUUGUCAAAGAGAAAAUUAAUAAUUUAUAACAGACAUAAACAAAAUAUAAAUUUACUUUAAUUCUAAACUGGUACAUAACUGAUAAAUCGCUUUCGUACAACCGCCAUUUAAAAUAAUCGUUGUUUGACUGUUGUGAAAUUUCUUUGUUUUAUCCAACAGCAUCCUAUUUUAUAUGAUUGAAGAAUCGUGUCAUUUUUCUCAGUUGUGCAUGUUAUUAGUCUGAAUCUUUGUCUUAUCGAUAUUUUUAAGAAUAUCUAAGAAAGGGAUUCACUAUUAAUAGGUCGCCGAAUAAAUAUCGUUAGACUUUUAUUUGGGCAAGAUGGCCUGUGGUGCUACUCUAAAAAGGAGUUUAGAAUUUGAUCCACUUCAUAGUCCUGCACAAAGUACUCCAAAACGUCGAAGAUGUAUGCCAAUGACACUAUCUCCAUCAACGCCUCCAACUAGACCUCAACAGACUGAACCAUCUCCUUUUGAUGAUGUUUUACCCAAACUAACACAAGAACAAAUAGCAGCUAACAUCAGUCUGGAGAUCAAGAGAUUGCAGCGUAGACGUCAAUUACACUAUCAACGAACUAACAGUCCCCCUCCGCAAGAAGUUGGCACUUCGCAGUCGUGUUCAUCAUCUCUAUCUCAAAAUACAUUCUCACCUAGCAAGAAAGAUACACCUUUGUUCACUUUCAAACAGGUUACUAUGAUAUGUGAAAGAAUGCUCAAAGACAGAGAGUCUCAGGUCAGAGAGGAAUACAACAGUGUACUUUCAAACAAAUUAGCAGAGCAGUAUGAAGCUUUCUUGAAGUUCAAUCUUGACAUGAUACACAAAAGCUUUGGUGAUUCGCCCUUUUCUUAUAUUUCAUAAGAACGCCAAUUGAUCCUAUGGAUUUUUGACCAAGUUAUUUUCUGUGAAUAGUCAUCUGUUGAUUCCAGCAUAUUCCUGAUGUUCAUAGCUACUACAACAAAGCAACAACUUAUUCAACAGUUAUUACUUAUUUUCUAUGGAUUUCCUUUCAAACAUUGGAUACAAAUCCAUUUUUGGACUAAAUACAAUAAUUCAACUGAUCAGAAUACAUUCCUUCCCAUGGAUGUACAAGCUAUCGCCUUUUUAUCUGGAUUAUGAAUCCUCCUGCUUAACAAAUGGUGCAACAAACCUUGGAUUUUCUGAAGACUUUUCUGUACAUAUCAACUUGUGACUUAGUUACUUCAUUCAACAUACUGUAGACUUUAUAUUUUAGUUGCUCACUUGAAAUUAUCUGCCAUGUAAAUAAAGAAAGGUAUAAAUAAAACUUUAAUUUGGUUUAUCUCUUAAGUCAAAUACACUCUUAUUUCCUUAGAAGCCAGGGUUAACUUUUUGAUUUAGUGUUAAGCUCAUAGAUAUUUUGAACAGUUUAAAUAAUCAAGUUGAGGGUGGCAUUUGGUGUAAUUGGGUUUGGUUAGUGAUUUUUUUUUUUAUAUUGAAUAAUUUAAAGAUUAAUCUUGGUUGUGAUUCUCUAUGGUAAUUAUGAAAGGAUUCAAUUUUUUUCUCCCCUAUAUAGUUGUGUAACUAGGUCCAGUUAAUCAAAUUCUUUGUUUUUAGACUAUGGCUUCCUUUUCUAUCUAAAGCUAACAGAUUAAAAUAGUGUUAAUUAACUGUGAACAGACUAAGUAUUGGCUAGUGCUCCUGUUUUUCUAAUUGUAACUCUUGAUUAUUAGUUGAAGUAAUGUUGAUAUCAGUAUAGGGGGUAUGGCAGGAAAGCAGUGAUUCAAGGUUCAGAUGAGAAAGUUGUAAUAGUCUUGUUUUGUCUUAGAAUACUCAAGUUAUAGAUACAAACAUCCAGCCUCCUAAGAAUUAGCUUUUAAUAUUAACCUUUUGUGUCUUCAUCUGUUGACUUUAUAGUCUUGCUGUGGAUUGAAACUCGGGGAAUAGGGCCAUUUCCACCUUUUACAUUCACCACCAAAUGCCAUCAGUCAUUGUUCAUUAGCAAUCAGUGUACUGUGAUAUUAUUGAUCACUGGUCUGUUUAUUCCAAAGCAUUACAAUUUGUAAUUGACAUAAUUACAAGUUUUUAAGGUUAGUGAUCCCUCAAAAGAAAACCAAAAACACUCUUUAAAUGUGCGGUAACCAUGUAUUUAUGGUGUAAUGCAGCCCCUUAUAUUGUGUAUUUGAGUGUGUAUAUAUAUACAUACACCAAGGAAUAUUAAUUCCUAUUAUCUUUCCAUUAAACUAUUUAAGCAACUCUUAAAGAGUUGUCAGCUUUGACUAUCUCAGGAAAUGUUUCUGUAUACUUCAAAUGCUAAGUUGUCUUGUAGGUUGAAAGAUGAAUUUGUCCAUUGCUGUGUGGGUCGUGUCAAGUGUUUCUUGCAAAUUUUUAUAUUUUAGUAACUCUUAAGAUGGUAACAUAGUAUCAAAAACAAUAUCUCAAGAGAACUUUGUCAGAAAUGGCUUUAAGUUGUCCAACUUGCCAAUAUUUACUGCUGAUAUUGUCUUUUAACCAGUCAGGUAAUAAUAUUGAAUUCAACCAAGCAAAUACUGUUGAAAAGAUAAGCCUAGACUUUAACUUUUCAAUUAUGCAUUUAUUUGUAAUUUCUUUUUUUCCUCAACUACUUUGGUAUAUCUGACCGGGCUCAGCAACAAUUGCUGCUGAAAUCAUUUGUCUAUUCAACUAAGAGAAAACCAGAAAAUAUAGCCAGGCUACAAGCCUGGUCAUCUGAAGUAAUGCUAGGAAUCAAAUCCUUUAUACUAUUUGUCUCUUGUUGGCCAAAAUAUGCUCUCACUAAUUUACUAUUGUGUGUACUUGGAACACAUCUGCAGACAGAAUAUUUUCGGCUUGGAUUUUAAGAGAGAGAAAAUAAAGUCGUUAUUAUAUAAUUUUAAUAAACUUUCAAUCUUA